AUGGGGAACUGUAACACCUGUGUAAGACCAGACACCACAACUGAAGACACCAAAGAACACCAAACCAAAAACAAAAAAUCAAAAUACCACAAAAAGUCAAAUCCUUACUCAGAAGACUAUCUCCACUACCAAGCCACCACCAACAACCGAUCCUCACCGGCUCCGAUCCGGGUCCUAAAAGAGUCUUCAGUCCCUCUUAGCCACCGUCCUCGUAUCUCCGACAAGUACAUACUCGGCCGUGAACUGGGUCGUGGGGAAUUCGGCAUCACAUACCUGUGUACGGACAGAGAGACCAAAGAAGCAUUAGCAUGCAAGUCAAUUUCGAAGAGGAAAUUGAGGACUGCUGUGGACAUAGAGGAUGUUAGGAGAGAAGUGGCAAUCAUGUCUACUCUGCCUGAGCAUUCAAAUAUUGUGAAAUUGAAAGCUACUUAUGAGGAUUAUGAAAAUGUGCAUUUGGUUAUGGAAUUGUGUGAAGGAGGUGAGCUUUUCGAUAGGAUAGUGGCUAGAGGGCACUAUAGUGAGAGAGCUGCGGCUCAUGUGGCCAGAACCAUUGGGGAAGUUGUUAGGAUGUGUCAUGCUAAUGGGGUAAUGCAUAGAGAUUUGAAGCCUGAGAAUUUUUUGUUUGCUAAUAAGAAGGAGAAUUCUGCUCUUAAGGCUAUUGAUUUUGGCUUGUCUGUGUUUUUUAAGCCAGGGGAGAGGUUUUCAGAGAUAGUGGGCAGUCCAUAUUAUAUGGCGCCAGAGGUAUUGAAGAGAAAUUAUGGACCGGAGGUUGAUGUGUGGAGUGCCGGAGUUAUUCUUUAUAUUUUGUUAUGUGGAGUUCCUCCAUUUUGGGCCGAGACUGAGCAGGGUGUUGCUCUUGCAAUUUUGAGAGGGGUGAUUGAUUUUAAGAGGGAACCAUGGCCUCAAAUUUCAGAGAGUGCUAAAAGUCUUGUUAGACAGAUGUUGGAGCCAGAUCCCAUAAAGCGCUUGAAUGCUCAACAGGUUCUUGAACAUCCUUGGUUGCAAAAUGCAAAGAAAGCUCCAAAUGUCCCGUUAGGAGAUAUUGUGAGGACAAGGCUGAAGCAGUUCUCUAUGAUGAAUAGAUUUAAGAAGAGAGCAUUGCGGGUAAUUGCGGAACACUUAUCUGUUGAAGAGGUUGAAGUAAUCAGAGAUAUGUUUGCAUUGAUGGAUACUGACAAUGAUGGUAAAGUAACAUAUGAUGAACUGAGGACUGGCCUUCGGAAGGUUGGUUCGCAAUUGGCCGAACCAGAGAUAAAGAUGCUGAUGGAAGUGGCGGAUGUUGAUGGGAAUGGAGUACUGGACUAUGGAGAGUUUGUGGCAGUCACAAUUCACUUGCAGAAGAUGGAAAAUGAUGAGCAUUUCCGCAGGGCAUUCAUGUUUUUUGAUAAGGAUGGUAGUGGAUAUAUUGAAUUAGAUGAGUUACGAGGGGCAUUAGCAGAUGAGUAUGGAGAGACUGAAACUGAUGUGCUGAAUGACAUUAUGCGUGAAGUUGACACUGACAAGGAUGGUUGUAUCAGUUACGAGGAGUUUGUUGCAAUGAUGAAAGCUGGAACUGAUUGGAGAAAGGCAUCUCGACAGUAUUCAAGGGAGAGGUUCAAGAGUUUGAGCCUUAACCUGAUGAAAGAUGGUUCGUUGCAUCUCCACGAUGCGCUUACUGGUCGAUCAGUUGCUGUCUAG